AUGGUUAAAUACCGAAUGAUACAGAACUUGACUUCUAUCACGAUUUAAGAUAUCUUAAGCCGUGCUUCUAUGAGUUUUAUGAAUAAACAUAUUAAUGUCUACGGUUGUAUGGUUAAAUUACGAUCUUAGAUUAAACUUUAAAAGCAAUUAAUACAACUUUUUUGUGUAAUCACAGAUAUCGUAAUAAUGUGUUACCUAUACCUGUGCACGUAAUUGAAAUUAAAGUUCAAAAAGUCAAAAGUCUAAAUUGUAUAAAUGAUAAUAUUUAUAUUAAAAGUUUUAACGUCUCAAUCUAAAAUAGUCAAUAUUGAAUAACAUGGAUAAAUAGAAAAGUCGGUAUCACAGAAAAAGUAGAUUGACCACCUGUUCUUUAUCAAUAAUGUUAUUUGGUAAUUUCUAUUUCAAUAUUGUUAAUUAUUAAUUUAUUAAAUAUUAAAUUAUAUUCAAAUAAAUGUACUAUUAAAUAUUUUGUAUUAGUUUAAAUAAUGAAACAAUAAGAUUUCAAUCAAUCUAAUUUUAUUAUAUUCAUUUCAAUCACCAACAUUUUUUUUUUUAAAUAAAAAUUUUUUAUUAAUUAUAAAUCAGAAAGUAAGAAUUUCAAAAUAUGUUACCUAGAGGAAAGAAUGGUUAUUCUUGGGAGUUUAACUCUGGAAAUCAAGAUAGUGAGGUAAGACUAAAUUUAUUGAAAUUGAAAUUAGUUCAUAAUUUGAUCAUUUAUAAUUGGUGAGGUAGAAUUGAUUAUUAAACAUAAUGUACUUGAUCAAAACGUAAUGUAUCAUUUUAACAUUGGUACUUGAAAUAUUCUUGAUUAUUGAUUUUAAUUUGAUAAGGUAUUUAAGUAUUCCAGAUAAUUAAGAUCAUUACAUGAAAUUUAAUUAGCAAAAUGAAAUACAUUUUAAUUGAAAUUAUGGUAUAGACAAUUUUUUUGAAAACCUUACAUUAUGAGUCAAAUUUUAGUCUAUAAUACUCAUAAUAUUAUUGUAUAUAAAUAUUAUUAAACAAAAUUACUUAAUUUUAAACUGAUACAAAUAAUGAGGCUGACAGUCGCUAUUCAAAAACUAAAUGAUAAUAUUUAUAAGUAUACGCAGACAAUUAUUGUAAAAAUAAAUUACAUGCUUAAAUGAACUAUUUUGAUACUUAUACUAAUUUCUCUUAGUUGGUAUAAUCUACCUAGCUAAGUGUGAAUAACAAUUCAUAUUUAGUGAUGUAUCUAAUUUUAUUUCUGUAUAAAUUAUUUUGAAAUGUCAGUUAAAUAAUAUUCAGAACUUCUAUGGAAAUAAUUUAUUUUUAUUUACAAACUAAACAAAAGCUAUUAAACUUCCACAAAUAUUUAAUUUUGAUACUUUUUUAAUUCCAUUAGGUAAUUUUGUAUUUAAAUAUUAUAUUGCAUUAAAUGUAAUCUAUUAUUUGAUAUACUAAUCUACUUGUAUAUUUUUAACAGUUAAAUAUAUAAUAAUAUAUACCGACAUUAAGUCACAUUGUUAUUCUGUGAGUAUCAUUACACAAUAAUAACAACAAAAUCAAAAUAAGAUUUAAAAAAAAAAAAUAUUAAUUUAAACUGUUUAUAAACAUUGUGUGUGAUAUUUAGGUUAAGACAGAUUAAUUUUUCAAUCAGUUAUGUAUAAAAACAGAAAACUUGAAUUUAUUUUUUAAAUUAAUAAAAUAGAAUACCAGAAUAUGAAUACUAUUAUGUCCAUUGGUAUUAAAUUUCUACACUAGAGAAACUGAAGUCAAAAGCUUGUAGAAGCUAGACCCAAUUUGAUUUUAUGAUAAAAGAUUUAUUUUGGGUGUGAUAAAAACAUGCAGAGUAUUUAAACAUUUUUGGGGGGCUAUAAUUAAGUUUUGGGAUGCCAUUCGGCCCCUUAAUUCUUAACAUUUCGAAAGUCUAUGAUGACUUUAGGAAAAAAUUAGGCUCUAAAAAGUAUUAUUUCAUAUGUCCCUCCACAACAAAAUCCUAUACACGCUUCGGACUAUGCCACUGGACGUAGGUAACUGAAUAAUCUAAAAAUUAGUUGAGUUUAUCGAUUUAUUUUAAUUGCUCAUAUUAAUCAAUAUUAUUUGUAUCAAAUUAUUGAUUGUUAUUAGCCAUUGCUAGAAAGAGAAACUGAAGAACCAGAUAAUGUAUUAUUUACAUCACGUCCAAAUACAUCAACAUUUGUAGCUGAUAUGCUUAGUUCACAUUCAAAUAAGAUGAAUAAUCAACACAAUCAACUUGACCUCAUAUCUAAAUCAGUAAAAACUCUGAAAAAUGUUUCAGAAGAUAUUAGUGAUGAGUUGGAUCACCAAAAUAUGUAAGUUGUGCUCUAGGUGAAAACUAAGACAACACUCAAUUUUAAUAAUAUAUAGUGUCUCAUAAAGAUAUUCAUUGUAUAUAAAAUAUGUUUUUGUAAUAAAAUUUGUAAAAUUUUUAAUUAAAAAUAUAAAUAACUGUAUAUCAUUAAUGAUUUAUAUAAUAUGUGCAUAUUAUUAUAUUAAAAAGUUAAUUUCAAUAAGUUAUACAAUAGAUAGAUAUUUAUUUAGCUUAUAUCUAGUUUAUAAAAUACAUAUUAAUAUAAAUACAUCCUCUCUUCCCUUUUAAAAUGAAGAUAAAUAAUUAAAUUGUAUUAUUAUAUUAUUGAAUAUUUCCUUAUUCCUUACUGAAUAAUUUAUGGAAAUUUUUUUUUUUUAGAAUGCUUGAGAACCUAAGUUCUGAAUUAGACAAAACUGAAUCAAGAUUAGAUAUUGUAUCAAAAAAAGUGGCACAAGUACUUCAAUUAUCUGAUGGUAAUUAAACAAAUUUGUUGUUGUCAUAUUAUUAAAUUAGAUGUAGACAAAUUGAUAACUUUCUGUCUGUCUAUUACAUCACACAACCUAACAGUCAUGUCUUACUUUCAACCUUUAUACAUACCUAUCUAAAAAACAUAUUUUUGUUUGUCGUAAGGUCUAUUUGAGAUUGACUUCUCUACAAUUUAAAUUUAUCCCAUUUUAUCCACAAUAAAAAUUAAUUGAUAAAAUCAGAAAGUUGAUUUAAAGUAGAUUUAAUCACAAAUUAAAAUUAGUUUUCAAAUUCAUUAUCAUAGCAUUAAAUUAUUCAAUGUGGUGUAUUAUAUAUAAUAAAAAACAUAAUAAUGUACUAUUUAAUAUUUAAAAUGCAUACAAGUAUCUUUUUUUGACAAAGUAUUGUACAUUUGUUUUUUAUAUAUAAGAAAUUAGCUAGAACUUUACUACUAUUAAUUAUUUUGUAAUCAAUCAUUUGAAUUAUUAUAUUUUAUUAAUUAUAAGCUGUUUAUGUUCAAUAAAUGUUUCAGAUAGACGACAAUGGAUGGCAAUUGGCAUUCUAGUGGGAAUUAUUUUAAUAACUAUCAUUCUUUUAAUAAUCUUGUGAGUUACAGAAAUAUUUUUUAUUAUAUUUGGUGAAAGACUGAUUUUAUUUGUUAUUAAAUAUUAUAUUUUCAAAUAUUACACUAGUAUAAUUUAAAUUAUAAUAAAUGUUAGGUAUACAACUUGAUAUAUAUAUAAUUCUAGUCUAAAUGUAAAAACUAUAUAUUUUAUUGUUUCUGGAUAAAAUUAAUUAUUUAUUUUAUAAUUUCAUAUUUUUUAAAUUCAAUUUUGUCAAUAAGAAAUUAUUUUUAAUAAUUUUUAAGUAAAUAGACUAUUUAUUCCUUUUAUGCUUUACUAUUUAUUUUAUUACUUGGUCAAUGUAAAAUAUUUAAUGGAAAUUUUGACUUUAUUUUGUUAAUAUGUUAUUUUUAAAAAUAUAUUAUUAUAAAAGUUUAAAUAAUACUAUAAUUAUAGUUCAUAUUUCUCUAUAUAAUAAAAAAGAUUUUCAUGGAUUUUAUUUUUAUCUGUUACAAGCCUUUGGCAACAGGGACAGUUUUUUCAUUGAGCGUCACUUAUCAUCUUGAUAACAUCAAAUAUUCUUAAAAUCUUAAACAAAAAUCUGUUUCUGUAAUAAAAUAUCCUAAUUGUAUAAAUAUAUUUUCUAAUUUGUUUAUAAUAUAUUUACCCAUGUGUAUACUUAAUUGUUUUUUUUUUUAUUUAAGGUUUUAAUUUGAUUAGCUCACUACAUAUUGUAGUAACUUGAUUAGAUGUUACAUGGUCUACACCAAUGGUCUUCAACUUUUUUUCCUCGCAACACACUUUUUUUUACUAUACAUUUUUUGUGACUCAUCAUCUAUGCUAUCUUUGUUAGCCAUGAAAAGCAAACAAAAACAAGCUGAAUUGCUUAAUGUCUUAAUAUGCCACUGUAGAAGUGUUAUUAUAUAACUGAAUAAAUAACAAAAUAUAUUUUCAUUAUAUGUAAUGGCGAAAAUUAGUAUGACUAUUUUUACAUAAAAAAUUCCAUCUCGGCUCAAUUUUACACAAUGCAAUCCGAAAAUCAUCUUCAGUUUAAAGUCUAUUUCUUUUUAACAUAGAUAUAUAGCUAGAAGUAUAUAGUACGUUAUUUUUUAGUAUAAAUAAAAUUUACUUUUCACGACCCAAUAUUGGGUCGCGACCCACCGGUUGAAGACCACUGGUCUACACAACACAUGUUAAUGCCACCUUAUUGUGUUAGCAAAUAGGUCGUAAAUACUAGAGUAUAAAAAUGGUAUUAGAUAGGUACUAGCUAAUAUAAUAUCACAAUAUUAGUAAUUAUAUUUUUAUAUCUGAUAAACUUCUGAUAUACUCAGAAAGAUUUGCUUUGUAUGUACCUACCUAAAUUAUAUGUGAGGGGACACCCACCACUCUUUAAAUUGAGCUCUAAUAAAGUACUUUGCCACGCCACUGGGAUAUUGUAUUGACUGAAUCUGAAUUAUUGCAGUAAUAUUAUUUUUGUAUAAAUAAUAAAUAUAUUUUUAUUUUUAAUGUAUAUAAUGUAUUUUUAUUGAAAAUUAAAAUAAUAAUCAAGUAAUUUUUUUUAAAAAUACAUCAUAUAUUUUCAAUGUCAUAUCUGCACCACAAGAUGCCAUCUGUAAAAUACCUUCUCGGUAUCUUAUAUCAGUUUUACAUAAUAGUGGUUGAAAUUGAAUUUUCUUUACUGUUAAAUGAUGUCCAAAUCUGAAAAUAUAGUAAACUAAGGAAAAAUAUAAAUAUAAAGAGUAAACUAACAUUUAAUUAUAAGUUUUUUUUUCAAUAAAUCUAUAAUUUUAUAUUACGAAUUAUUGGUAUUAAAAUUUAAUAAAAGGAUACUCAUUACAUAAAUCAACAAUUUUAAGCCAAGGAGUUACAUGAUUUUCCUCACAAUUCCAUUUAUAUAAACCAAUAUUUCCACAAUCGGUACCAACAGCCAACAAAUAGAUUGAACUAUAGUUUUCAAUUGUAGUUGAAGCAAAAGCUACAGCUGAAAAACUCUUUUCUGGAACUACUAAAGGAUCAGUUUUGGCACAGUAUGUUAUUUCAGUGUUAUCACUUUGAUUAUGUUGACCCCAAGUUACUAACUUUCCAUCUCUGGAUCCAGUAGCAAAAUAUAAAGAAUCAUGAGUCCAAGCACAACACCAUAUUAUUCUUGUAUGAAUGCUAGUACGUUUAUUUGAUUUGCUUAUGAUAAUAAAAGAGUUUUUGUUUUCAUUAUAUGAAAAUAAUGACCAAGUACGGUCACGUGAAACCGAGAGAAGUUUUGUACUAUCAGGUGAAAAAGCCAGUUGAGUAACAGUUAAAUUAUGCGAUGUUAACUUUUGUACGAGUUGAAAAUUGUUUAAGUCCCUA